AUGCGGACUUCUCGGUACGACGGCGGCGAUUUGCAUAAGAAAAGCCGUAAUUACGGCGAAUCCAGUCAUUACAUCGAUUGGUGGCUUCGACGGCCGACACAACACGUGGCUCUGUUCGUAUGGGACAUCGGGCAUCUGUUGAAGGCUGGAAUAAAAGAAACGAUUUAUAAAACAAGACGCAGAAACGAUUACUGGAAAGAGCCCCAUUCCGACGUCAACGCGCGCACCUCUCUUAACGGAAUACAACAUUAUUUAGCGGAUUACGAAUACGCCGCGCGAGCUCGGUCGGUGUCGCGACGAGGUCGGCAGUGGGAGACAAAAAAGGCAUACACGACCGUCCGCGGCCGUGUCUCAUCUGAAUAUAAUGGCUCGCUCUCGGAGCGGUACGUGCGCGCCAACGCGACACGAAUGGAGCGUACGAAUCGUUCGUUCGUAUCGUGUAGGUACCCGCACGUGGUGCAUGGCCAGGUCGAAUGUUAUAUUAUCUGUGGCGACGCGUCCCACGUGGAUAGGCGCAUCGCAUCUCAGCUG